AAAAGGUUAAGCAGAACUGAGCUUUCAGUGAAAGUUUGGAGUAAGUGGAGAGGAUAGAAGUUGAAAGAACUAUAGUAAAAUCAUGAGACACUUACAGAAGAAAUGUAAGCCAAGGAUUGGCUUCAGAUCCUCAAGGAAAAGUUCUUUAGUGAAAACUAUGCAACAAAACGGAGCCAAAAAUUCAAAAUGUGCCAUCUGUUUAGCAAUGAUCCAAGACCCGACUUACUUGAACCCUUGCAACCACCAAUUCUGCUUCAAAUGUAUUCAGAAGUGGUCCAGAAAGAAAGUUAUAUGUCCAUUGUGUAAGCAGCGCUUCUAUUCAUUCUUUCACAUGAUACGCAGAAAAGGUGCCUUUUGUGAAUAUGUCCUGCCUUUGAAUGAUAGCUGUUUUUCUUCUUCUGAAAGCAAAGAAGACUAUGCUUCAGCCUCCUCUCAAAGACUUACAUCACCUCCUGACAAUGGAAUUGUGCAUAAUGAAAUUAGCGGAACAUUAACUCAAAGACAGAAGGAUAUUUAUCAGCUCAUGCGACAGUUUGCAGUUACAGAGAGACCCAAUGAUAUUGAUUUAAUCAGCCUUGGGAAAUUUAAAGCCCAAACAGUAAUUCAGUUUAGGAGAACUCUUUACCAUGCAGGGAUUCUAGUUCAAAAUGCUCCAAAUCCAGAUUUCAGUCAAAUACUUUCAGCAGAAUUUUUUGGCAGCCAUCCUGAAUGUUUGGACAGACUGAUCCCUUGGCUAAAACGAGAAUUAAAAGUGCUGUUUGGUAGCAAGAGAUCAACAAUUCAUGCUUUGCAGAACCUCAUCCUAAGUAACCUGACUCAACAUGAUCUGGACAGCAAAGAGUUUGAAGCUAUUUUAGAGCCCCACUUGCGCUAUUUCACUGGUCAUUUCCUGCAUGAGUUCAACAGUUUUGUUCAAUCCUCAUUAAACCUGAGGAAGUAUGACUGGUGUGCCUUGUAUGAAUGCCCUGUGAUAUUAAAAGAGCCUGAUUUUUUAACUUCUUCUCCAUCUUCAGAAGAUGAACAUCUGCAGCAUUCUGAAAACAGUCAGGUACCCAAACCCGAUGGUAGUUUAGAUUAUGGAAACUUAACAUUCUUGCUUUCAGGUUCAGAAAAAACCCUUCCUUCCACAUUUGCUACAGCAGAUGAUAAAAAUCAUUCAACAAAUGAAGAGAAUUAUAUGGAUUUGUCCAACAAAGAUACUGAAAAAGGGAUAGUUUCAGCCUAUCGUAUUAUUAAAAAUAUACUGCUUAAAAAAUCCUCUGAGGAAAAAGUACAGCUCCCUGGUUCCCUCUCUCACUCCCACCUAUUUCAAGGACAGAAAGAAAAGGAGGACACAGUAGAAAUAGAUCCUGUUCAGAUUCUUAGGCCAAUGGAUAUGGAAACAGGUAAGGGUUCCCAAAAUGAAUUAGCAUUUGUAGAUGACAAUGCCUUUAACAUUUAUCACAAAAAUUCUGCUAACAUCAUUACAGUGAAGAAAUUGGGCAAAAAGGAUAUAACAAAAUGUCAACCCUCAGAGGUUCCCAUCAAUAAAUUAAAAGAAUAUUGUCCAGCAUGGUCAAAAACACCAUCACCAAAGAGAAGCAGUGUACAUAAAAAUAGUGGAUCAAAGGGUAGCAUAGAAUGCAAAUUUAAAGAAAUACGUUCUGCUUCAAAAAAAAGGCACGGGGGAAGAAACAAAGCAAAAUCUCUGCAUGAUGAGAAGAAACGUAGAAACUAUUCCAAAGACAGGAGACAUAGACGAGAUCAAAGAAAAUCAAAGUCUAAAGAAGUAAGUUUGUUUCACAAGAGCCCUCUGCCUGUAAGAAAAAACAGCACUGAGGCUACUCACAAGUCAAAAUCACAGAACAUUCAUCAGAAAAGAAAAACGAAGAACAAAGAUUCUGAUCAUCUAGGAAGUGGAAGUUCCAGUGAACCCAACCAGAAUGAUAGAAAGGGUAAUUCAGACAAAUUAUGCCAUCCAAAUCCAUCCACCAGCUCUGGGCAGAAGCCACAUUUUUUCUCCGGAAAAUAAAAUCUUAGUCAAUCAAAGGCAGCUAAUCAAAUACUGAUAAUUCUGUUCAGGCUUAUGCAGAAAUUUGGAGAGACCUAAAUGUAGGAUUAUUGUAGGAUGACAAAAGAAAGUUUGGUUUGAUAAACUAGAUAACAAGCCAAAAUAUAAAUUAAUGCAGUUGGAGGAUGAUCUCUCAAAACGAUGAUGAAGAUUUAUCCACAGUGAUACAAACAGCUAAGAUUUUUAUUAUCAAUCUCAACCAAAUUCAAAGACCAAUAUGAUGCCAAAGUUACAAAUGAAAUAGUCAAAUCUUAAUGAGCAUGUAUGUAAAUAAUGGCUUGUCAAAGCAAGAGACCAUCAGUGAAGUACAGGAUGAGACAAGGAAAAGAACUAUUUGUCUUUUCUAAGC